GUAUCGAGAGCGAGGCAGUCGUAGUUUAAUCAUAUUGCGACUUGUUUUAUCUUUAUUAUAAAUAUAUAAUUAUCUGUUCAACAGAUAGCGAAAAAUACUGAAAUACAAUCCAGUUCAAUUUUAGCUCAAACACCUACAACAAGUAGUGUUUAACGUACAAAAUAUUUGUUUAAGCAAUAUUACAAAUGUACAACAAUUGUAUUGAUACGGCAUUUUAAGGAUAGUAAUAGUGAAUAGUGCAUGUAUAGAUUCUUAGGUCUGCAACGAAGCCAAAGAAAAAAUAAUUUAAGUAAAACAUUUCUUAGAGUUUGUAGUCAAAUUCACAGUGAAAUGGAAAUCGCAAAGGAUUCUUUAAUAGGUCAAGACAAAAAUCAAAUUUUUUCAAAGAAAUACUACAGGAGAGUUGAGCACAGAAUCUUCGUCAACAGAUCACUGCAUUUGGAAAAUGUGAAAUUUUAUGGUUUUGAUAUGGACUAUACAUUGGCCGAAUACAAAUCGCCACAAUAUGAAACUCUAGGUUUUAAUUUAACUAAAGAGAGAUUAGUUAACUUGGGAUACCCAAGUGAGAUUCUGGAAUUCGAAUAUGAUCCUUCUUUUCCUGUUAGAGGUCUAUGGUUCGACACGUUGUAUGGCAACCUAUUAAAAGUAGACGCUUAUGGUAACAUUCUGGUCUGUGUGCAUGGAUUUGAAUUCUUGAAGCAUUCCCAAGUAUACGAGUUAUAUCCAAAUAAAUUCUUAACCCUCGACGAAUCGAGAGUGUAUGUACUGAACACAUUGUUCAAUUUGCCAGAGACGUAUUUAAUAGCGUGCUUAAUUGAUUUCUUCACAAACUCGCCACAGUAUACAAGAGAGAAGACCGGUGUAAGAUGUGGGGAUUUGGCGAUGUCUUUCAAAUCUAUAUUCCAAGACGUGAGGAGCGCGGUUGACUAUGUUCACAUACAUGGAGACCUCAAGUCAAAGACCAUCGAGAAUCUGGACCUCUACUUGAAAAAGGACGAACGUCUUCCAACCUUCCUAUCCAGGAUUACAGAGAGUGGAGCCAAGGUGUUCCUGCUAACAAACAGCGACUACAACUUCACAGACAAGAUCAUGAACUACUUGUUCGAUUUCCCGCAUGGAGUACAAGCGACUGACCCUCACAGGAACUGGAGGACGUAUUUCGACUGGAUUGUGGUGGACGCGAAGAAGCCUCUGUUCUUCGGCGAAGGCACCACACUGCGUCAGGUGGACACGCGGACCGGCGCCCUCAAGAUGGGCUAUCACGUUGGUCCGCUGCACGAGGGUCUCGUCUACUCCGGAGGUUCAUGUGACGUCUUCACUGAGCUGAUCGGAGCUAAAGGCAAAGACGUGCUGUACAUCGGUGACCAUAUUUUCGGCGACAUCCUGAAAUCGAAGAAGAUCGGCGGCUGGCGCACCUUCCUCAUAGUACCAGAGCUGGUGCAGGAGUUACACGUGUGGACUGACAAGUGCCAGCUGUUCGCGCAGCUCCAGAACUUGGAUGUGCAGCUGGGAGAUAUGUACAAAGACCUGGACUCGAGCACAAAGGAAAAGCCGGACAUAUCUAAGUUGCGCAGCUCGAUACGUGACGUCACACACAAGAUGGACCUCGCGUACGGCAUGCUCGGCUCACUAUUCCGCUCCGGAUCUAGGCAGACCUUCUUCUCUUCACAGGUGGUGAGGUACGCGGACCUGUACGCGGCCUCGUUCCUCAACUUGAUGUAUUAUCCGUUCUGCUACAUGUUCCGUGCGCCCGCCAUGCUCAUGCCACAUGAGAGUACAGUCGCUCAUGAGCAGCGCUUCACCGUCGACACACCCACCAUUGACCGAUCUAGACAUCCGAGCGCCCAGCGACCAUACCCAGUGCUGGCGGAGGAGUUGUCUGAAGAUAAUGAUACCACCAAUGACGUUAUCGAUAUUAAGACGCAAGCAUCAGUGCCACAUGUGAGGCCGGAGACCCCACGGCAAUUGACCCACACACACGAUGAUGACUGCUCCGAUGAUGAGGACGUUGCCAAGAACAACACCAACAAGGAUGUCUAGACAACACCGCGGCAACACCGGCAUAACACCGGGACAUCGCACAGGGCGCAUAAGGCUGUGGAAAGUGGCGUUAUGAUAGUUCCAAAUGUAUACCUAAAUUUUGUAAACAUUGAAUUCAUAUCGCAUAUUUCGUGAUAAGAUUUACAU